AUGGCUUCUAAACAACCGGCGGUGGACUUCUUGUCCUUUGUCAAUGACUCUCCUACUCCCUUCCAUGCUGUCAAAUCUGCCAAGACACUGCUGAACGAUGCCGGCUUCCAGGAAAUCAAGGAGCGUGAUUCUUGGGCUUCUACUUGCAAGCCCGGUGGCAAGUACUACCUGACCCGUAAUACCACCACCCUCGUGGCUUUUGCCAUUGGAAAGAAAUGGACGCCUGGUAACUCCAUCUCCAUGAUCGGUGCUCACACCGACUCGCCUGUCUUGAGGGUCAAGCCCGUGAGCAAGAAGAGCGGCGAGGGCUUCGUCCAGGUCGGCGUUGAGACCUAUGGCGGUGGCAUCUGGCACACCUGGUUCGAUCGUGACCUCGGUGUUGCUGGUCGUGUGAUGACUCGUGCCGCCGACGGCUCUAUCGUCCAGAAGCUGGUCAAGGUCGACCGUCCUAUUCUUCGCAUUCCCACUCUGGCCAUUCAUCUGGACCGCCAGGAGACCUUUUCCUUCAACAAAGAGACCCAGCUGUUCCCCAUUGCUGGCCUGGCGGAGGCCGAGCUCAACCGCACUGCCGACUCCAAGCCGGCCGAGGAAGAGGAGGCAUUCUCCCCGUUGAAAUCGGCAUCUGAGCGCCACCAUCCUUACUUCGUGGAGAUGAUCGCGGCUGAGGCCGGAGUCAAGCCCGAGGAAGUCCUUGACUUUGAGAUGAUCCUUUUCGAUACCCAGAAGUCCUGCCUUGGCGGCAUGAGCGAGGAGUUCAUUUUCUCCCCCCGCCUGGACAACCUCAACUGCUCCUACUGUGCCGUUGUUGGCCUGAUCAAUUCCGUGGCCGACAAGUCGGCGCUGGAUAAUGAGGAUGCUAUCCGUCUGAUUGCUCUUUUCGAUCACGAGGAGAUUGGCAGCCGCACCGCCCAAGGUGCCGACUCCAACGCUCUCCCGGCUAUCAUCCGUCGCUUGUCGGUACUCCCCUCAAACUCUGCAGCGGAUGUCGACCUGGCCACUGCAUACGAGCAGACUCUCUCCACUUCCUUCCUGGUGUCUGCCGAUAUGGCCCACUCCGUUAACCCCAACUAUGCCGCCAAGUACGAAGCCGACCACAAGCCCCAGAUGAACAAGGGCCCUGUGAUCAAGAUCAAUGCCAACGCUCGCUAUGCCACUAACUCUCCUGGACUUGUGCUUCUCCAGGAAGUUGCACAGAAGGCGACGAAGGAGAGCGGCAACCCCAUUCCCCUGCAGCUGUUUGUCGUUCGCAACGACUCUAGCUGUGGUAGCACCAUUGGCCCGAUGCUGUCUGCUGCUCUGGGUGCCCGCACUCUGGAUCUGGGUAACCCGCAGCUGAGCAUGCACAGCUGUCGUGAGACCGGCGGUACCUACGAUGUCGACUAUGCCAUCCGUCUCUUCACCGGCUUCUUCCAGCACUACUCCGAGCUGUCGAAGACCAUCUUCGUUGAUUAA